GCCACCACCUUGCCGGACAGCCAUGGAGGAGCGGGGACGCUCCUGCAGCUCCAGCUGGGAGACCCCACGGGACAGGAGCAGCCCGGAGUCACCUUGGUCGUGGAUCCCAGUCGUGAGGGAGCCCGGCUGGAUCCGGAGCGUCUGGCCCUGCAGCAUCAACGCUCAGACCAUGAACUACGUGGGGCAGCUGGCCGGCCAGGUGUUCGUGACGGUGAAGGAGCUGUACAAGGGCCUCAACCCGGCCACGCUGUCCGGCUGCAUCGACAUCAUCGUGGUCCGCCAGCCCAACGGCAGCCUGCAGUGCUCCCCCUUCCACGUGCGCUUCGGCAAGAUGGGGGUCCUGCGCUCCCGGGAGAAAGUGGUGGACAUUGAGGUCAACGGGCAGUCUGUGGAUCUGUACAUGAAGCUGGGGGACAACGGCGAAGCCUUCUUUGUCCAGGAGACGGAUAACGACCAGGAGGUGAUCCCCAUGCACCUGGCCACGUCCCCGAUCCUGUCCGAGGGGGCCUCACGGAUGGAGUGUCAGUUCAAGAGGAGCUUGGCGGACAGGACGAGGGGCCUGGACCCCGGCGCGGCCACCCAGGCCCUGCUACCUAGCGACACCUCCUCCAGCGGCUCCUUGGUGAAGAGGAGGAGGAAGAGGCGAAGGAAGGCCCAGCCGGGCAGCUGUCUGAAGAGAGAGGACGCCGUGCUCACGUCUGAGGACGAGGACAUGUUCCCCAUCGAGAUGAGCUCUGAUGAGGAGACGGAGCCUCUGGACAGCAGCAGAGCGGUCGCCAGCGACACGCCACCGUUCCUAGAUGAGAUUCCGAAGGAGACCCGGCCCCUGGUCCUGACCUACCCUCAGUCGGCCUCGUACCCCAGCUCCGACAGAGAGUGGUCGCCCGGCGCCAGCGCCCUCCCAGCUUGCCAGAGGACGCCCCCUGGUCUCGUGGCCGUGGCCCAGGGAGGCCUGUCUAGCUCUUGUCCUGCAGACACCUCCCACUUACCUGCUUCGGAAAGCCCCUCAGGCUCCCGGCCCUCGACCCCCAAGAGUGACUCGGAGCUGGUCAGCAAGUGCGCUGAGAGGGCGGCACAGAAGAACCGGAUGGAGGUGCUGUGGCUCUGGGGGGAGCUGCCCCAGGCUGCCAAGCCAUCUCCACACAAGCUGAAGGACUCCAGCCCACUGAGCGGCCGGAAGACUAGGGAGCAGACCCACUUUGAGGCGUUCCACAGCGAGUCCUCAGACACGCUCAGCGACCCGGUGCCCCCAGACUCGCAGAGCCUGAGCGACGAGGACCUGGAGGCCCUGGGAGCCGCAGCCCCCGCCCCGCGCCCGGACCCCCGGCCCCUGGCCGCCUGCAAGAUGGACUCCCCGGUUAGGAAGAAAGACAAGCGCAGCAGACACCUGGGUGCUGAUGGGGUCUACCUGGACGAGCUCACGGACAUGGACCCUGAGAUGGCCGCCCUGUACUUCCCCAAGAACGAGGACCCUUGCGGUCUCCCCAAGCCUGCCAGCGACAGUGGGGCCCAGUCAGCCAGACACUCUCCCCAGUCGCUGGGCAGUUCCGGCGUGGACAGCGGUGUGGAGAGCACUUCGGACAGCCUGCGAGACCUGCCCUCCAUCGCCAUCUCCCUCUGCGGGGGCCUGAGUGACCUCAGGGAGGUCAGCAAAGACGCGUUCCUGGAGCAGGCCGUGUCCUACCAGCAGUUCGUGGACAACCCCGCCCUCAUUGAUGACCCUAACCUGGUGGUGAAGGUCGGGAACAAAAAAAAAGGAGCAAACUGUCUGCUGGAAGCGGUGGACUGCAGCCUGCAGAGUGAGGACUGUGGGGACAGCAGCCUGCAGAGUGAGGGCUGUGGGGACAGCAGCAGCCUGCAGAGUGAGGACUGUGGGGACAGCAGCCUGCAGAGUGAGGACUGUGGGGACAGCAGCAGCCUGCAGAGUGAGGGCUGUGGGGACAGCAGCCUGCAGAGUGAGGGCUUUGGGGACAGCAGCCUGCAGAGUGAGGACUGUGGGGACAGCAGCCUGCAGAGUGAGGACUAUGGGGACAGCAGCAGCCUGCAGAGUGAGGGCUGUGGGGACAGCAGCCUGCAGUGUGAGGACUGUGGGGACAGCAGCCUGCAGAGUGAGGGCUUGGGGACAGCAGCAGCCUGCAGAAGUGAGGACUGUGGGGACAGCAGCAGCCUGCAGAGUGAGGACUGUGGGGACAGCAGCAGCCUGCAUAGUGAUGGCUGUGGGGACAGCAGCCUGCAGAGUGAGGGCUGUGGGGACAGCAUCCUGCAGAGUGAGGGCUGUGGGGACAGCAGCCUGCAGAGUGAGGGCUGUGGGGACAGCAGCAGCCUGCAGAGUGAGGACUGUGGGGACAGCAGCCUGCAGAGUGAGGACUGUGGGGACAGCAGCCUGCAGACUGAGGGCUGUGGGGAUAGCAGCCUGCAGAGUGAGGACUGUGGGGACAGCAGCCUGCAGAGUGAUGGCUGUGGGGACAGCAGCCUGCAGAGUGAUGGCUGUGGGGACAGCAGCAGCCUGCAGAGUGAGGGCUGUGGGGACAGCAGCCUGCAGAGUGAGGGCUGUGGGGACAGCAGCCUGCAGAGUGAGGACUGUGGGGACAGCAGCCUGCAGAGUGAGGACUGUGGGGAUAGCAGCCUGCAGAGUGAGGACUGUGGGGACAGCAGCAGCCUGCAGAGUGAGGACUGUGGGGACAGCAGCCUGCAGAGAGGGCUGUGGGGACAGCAGCCUGCAGACAGCCUGCAGAGUGAGGACUGUGGGGACAGCAACCUGCAGAGUGAGGACUGUGGGGACAGCAGCCUGCAGAGUGAGGACUGUGGGGACAGCAGCCUGCAGAGUGAGGGCUGUGGGGACAGCAGCAGCCUGCAGAGUGAGGACUGUGGGGACAGCAGCAGCCUGCAUAGUGAUGGCUGUGGGGACAGCAGCCUGCAGAGUGAGGGCUGUGGGGACAGCAUCCUGCAGAGUGAGGGCUGUGGGGACAGCAGCCUGCAGAGUGAGGACUGUGGGGACAGUAGCUUACAGAGUGAGGGCUGUGGGGACAGCAGCCUGCAGAGUGAGGGCUGUGUGGACAGCACCCUUGGAGUCCUCUGCUGGGUGUCUGGGUCUCAGUGUCCAGUCAGGGUCCUCAGCCGGCCCUCAGGACUGGUGUUCCCCAGGUCUGACCCCUCUACUGUGGGCUUGAACCUGCAUCCCUGUGCGCUGGUGUGCCGCCUAAUGGCAUGCCCCAAGGUGUGUGACUCCUUCAAACAGUCCAGUGAGGAAACACUGGUCGUAGUGCCAAGAGACCGCCUCAGUCAGAAAGCAGGGCACUGGGCUGUGACGUCCUCUGCUGUCUUCCAGGAGAACCAGCCGGAGCAAGGCUUGGCCGGGAAGAGCUACAGCACCGGGGAGCAGCCGUCGCCGCUCGGUGUGGGCAGCAGGACAAAGCGGGAGUCGUCCUCCAGCGACGAAGAGCAGGCGGCGGCCAAGCCGUCCCACGCGGCCCACGUGCCCCUGCUGCCCGGCGUCAGCUACCGCAAGACCCUGCGGCUCACGUCCGAGCAGCUGCAAAGCCUGAAGCUGAAGAACGGCCCCAAUGACGUGGUGUUCAGUGUCACCACCCAGUACCAGGGCACCUGCCGCUGUGAGGGCACCAUCUACCUGUGGGACUGGGACGACAAGGUCAUCAUCUCAGACAUUGAUGGCACCAUCACCAGGUCAGACACUCUCGGCCACAUCCUGCCCACCCUGGGGAAGGACUGGACCCACCAGGGCAUCGCCAAACUCUACCACAAAGUGAGCCAGAACGGAUACAAGUUCCUCUACUGCUCCGCACGCGCCAUCGGGAUGGCGGACAUGACCCGGGGCUACCUGCACUGGGUGAACGAGAGGGGCACCGUGCUGCCCCAGGGGCCUCUGCUGCUCAGCCCCAGCAGCCUGUUCUCUGCGCUUCACAGAGAGGUGAUUGAGAAGAAGCCCGAGAAGUUUAAAGUCCAGUGUCUGACUGACAUCAAGAACCUCUUCUUUCCCAACACGGAGCCCUUUUAUGCUGCCUUCGGAAACCGGCCGGCCGACGUGUAUUCAUACAAGCAAGUCGGGGUGUCUCUGAACAGAAUCUUCACGGUCAACCCCAAAGGAGAGCUGGUACAGGAGCACGCCAAGACCAACAUCUCUUCGUACGUGAGACUCUGCGAAGUAGUGGACCACGUCUUCCCGCUGCUGAAAAGAAGCCACUCUUCCGACUUCCCCUGCUCCGACACCUUCAGCAACUUCACCUUCUGGAGAGAGCCGCCGCCCCCUUUCGAGAACCAAGACGUCCACCCAGCCUCCGCGUGAAGCCCAGCUCCCCACAGGCCCUGCAAGCCCAUUAAAGGCCCCGGGGCCCCAGCAGCCGCACACCCUGUGCUUGAGAGCAGCGUGGCAGGACGCAUCCUGCCCCUCCUAGGGGUGGGCGGC